AUGGCUAUGUCGAAGGCAGUCUCGGAACAAGAGCUUGAGGCGAAGGGAAGACAAGAAGCUCAAGAGAGGCACAGGCGUAAACUUGAAGCUGAAAAGUUCUUGAUCAAGCUUGAAUGGCCCUUGGACUCCAUUGAGGCUGUUGCACAGGCAGCCGGUAUCCCAUCACCUGAUGAGGGUGCUAUUUCUGGCCCCUGCUAUUUUCUCGAGAUCAACGCUAUCAAUAAGGCCACCAUCGAAGCAUACCUCAAGACAAAUCCGAGCCUUACUGGCUUUUCUCCAACCUUCUCCCAUGGAACCCAGCAAGAAAGAGCUUUUCACCUCCCUCACUGCAUCCGACAUUGGAAUGAGUACCCUGUUUGGUACUUCAUUUACGGAGGCCUAGUUGAUCACAGUGUAUUGGCCGAGCUACUAGGUGACAAUCUUCGAUUCUAUACGGCUGUGAUUAUCGGAGGCAGUUAUAUAGGAAACUUCAGUCCGGCCAACAAUGUUGAAGAUCUUAUAUCCUCGACUUCCAUAGCAUUACAGGCUGAAACACAAGAACAGGAGGAUAUGCUACGAGCGUAUCAAGGGGAUGCCUAUGAAGUCGUGCGAUGUCCUAUUUACGUUAUGCGUAUGGACUAUGGAGAAGAGGUUCCUGGUUUGACAUUUCGGCUGAUCAAGAAAGCUGCGGACUAA